AUGCUGCGGAUUCUCGAAAAAGUCUACAGAGGCCUCAAUGAACGACAACGUCAGGCAGUUCAGGCGCCUGCCAACGGGAUUCUCCAGAUCGUGGCGGGCCCAGGAACCGGAAAAACAAAGGUUCUCGUGGCACGUGUCGCCUAUCUCCUUCUAAGCGAGGACAUCUCGCCAGAACACAUCAUCGUCACGACAUUCACGAAGAAAGCAGCCAAUGAGAUGAUGGACAGACUACGAGAGUUGCUCAGGGGCACGGAGAUCGCCGUGGGCAAGCUUCUCAUCGGAACGUUCCACAGCAUAUGUUACCGCAUAAUCCAGAAAUACGGGACCAGGGUCGGCUUGGAGGGCUAUAGUAUAGCCGAUGACCGUGAUUCCAGACAGGUUUUGAAUGAAGCGAUUCUCGGGUUGCCGGAUGAGAAGUGGGAUGAGAUUGACCAGAUGGAGGAGAUUUAUACUCUUCCUUUUAAAAGCAACGAUGACAAGUACAGGGGGCUUGACCCGAAGAAGCUCCAGAAAGCCAUAUCGUCUUUGAAAGCGAGAGGACUACUACCUGAGGAUUACGCCAAGGAGGCACAGAAGAACCCUCUUUCGUUGAUCGUGUACCAGGCGUACCAGGAAAGACUAGCACAGAACCGUGUUCUUGAUUUUGACGAUUGUCUUUUAUACUGCCAUAGGAUUGUCUCAAGGUAUCCGGUUCUCAGCUACAUUGAGCAUACCCUAGUGGACGAGUUUCAGGAUACGAACGAAGUCCAGCUCCAGCUCAUGUACCACUUUGCCAAGGGCAGCUUGAGCGAUCCUGAGCUCCAGAAUAACGUGACGAUUGUUGGUGAUCCUGAUCAGAGCAUCUACGCAUUCAGAAACGCCCAGAGCAUCAAUUUCGACAAAAUGAGACAGUACUACAAGAACCACAAACUCAAGGUGAUUACCCUCGAGGAGAAUUACCGCUCCACCCCAGGAAUCCUCAGUCUAUCUGAGAAACUCAUGCACCAGCAGGCUGGAAGAACCAUGAAGGAGCUCAGAUCUCAAAGCGAAUGUGCCAUUGAGCCGGUUUACGGAAACUUCCAUCUGGCCGAGGAGGAAGCAGCAUGGGUUGCCUCGAGAAUCAAGCAGAUCAUGACGCUUCCGUCGUUUCAGCAUUCAGAUUGUGCCAUUCUUGUACGAUCAGCCUACCAGACCAGAGCUAUCGAGACGGAACUAGCAAGGAAGAAAAUUCCGUAUUUCAUGGUCAAGGGAAGGGCCUUCUGGGAGCGCAAGGAGGUGGUGGCAAUGAUGGACUACUUGAGGUGUGUUGCCAACGAGAACGAUAGAAUUGCGUAUCUACGAUGUGUGAAUUUCCCGAAACGAGGAUUUGGGCCUAAGGCUGUGGCAGAGUUGGAAAGUCAGAUUGAAAAGGGAGGUCUGGUUUUUCAAACUCUCCAGAAUCUUGCAAACGGCUCGGUAUCUUCGUCUUUGGGUCCAAAGCUUCGAAAAUCGUUAGACGGCUUUCUUCAGCUAAUUGAGAAGCACCGCCAGGCCCUUCCCGAUGACGUUGAAGGCACUGACGACCUCGGCAGCCGGCUUGACAAGAUGUUCACCGGCCUUUACGUCCAAUCAGGUCUUCAGAGAGAGUUUGCUGAAAAUGUGGACUGCGAGUUGAACAUCAUGGAGGUCAAAAAUCAGCUUGUGGAGUACGAAAUGCCCGAGGAGGAUUACCUUCCUGACUAUCUUGAGGAAGGCGAGGCCCCAGUUCCCACAGAAAUCGAAGUCUCUGGUCAAAGCUUCCUCCAAACCUUCAUAGCUUCUGUGAGAUUAUUCGAUACUGAUCCUGAACAAGGCGAGAAGGAUGCAACACCAAAAGUGGCGGUAUCCACGAUCCACGGAGCCAAGGGUCUCGAAUGGCCUGUGGUGUUUGUUCCUGGCGUUUCAGAAGGUCUUCUUCCUGCUUCUUUUGCCAUGACAGACGAGGAAUCCGUGAAUGAAGAACGAAGGUGUUUCUACGUUGCUGUCACACGAGCCAAAGCGUUGUUGCUACUUUCAUCGUAUGUGGAUGGACCCAGUAACGGGAGCUGGAGAGGCGUGGAAAAGGUGUCUCGGUUUUUGAAAGGCAUUGUUGAAAAACGCUCAAGACAACUCAGUUUCAAGGACCUCCAGGUGCUUGAGCACUUGUAUGACUUGCUUGGGAAGGAAAAAGUGGAAUUGACCGACGAGUUGAUCAAAAAGUUCCAUGGCCAAGACGCAGAAUCCAAAACUCGCUUCAACGACUACUCUGUGGAGUUUAGCAGCGCCCGAGAAGCCAAGCCAGUGAAGAGAUCUCCACUUAACUUUUUGAAUCAGAGGUCAGUUGGAGUGUCACAGAAAUGGAACGCUCCAACACCUCAAAAAGCUGUUGGUUCAGCACCAGCUCUGUUUAAACCACCCAGGGUAUCUCCUUCAUUUGCUCCACAAUCGGCACCUCAGGAUACACCGGUUUCUCUGGGUGUCAAAAGGGCACCAACGUACAUUCCAUCACGGCCCAAAGGAAAGAAGCGAUUAGGAACGAGGUGA